AUGACUCUUGGGCUGAUCAACGCUAAUCCGGUGGUCCACGCUAAGAAGGAAAGGCUCGCCCGUACCGACGAUCCCCACGCCGACGACGCCGUCGAUCCCCUCGAAAUCUAUGAUAUCCUUCGCCGUCGAUCGCAUGUGAGGGACAUACGAGAUCCAGAGCACCCCUACUCGCUGGAGCAGCUCAGCGUGCUCUCCGAGGAAUCGAUCACUGUCGAUGAGAAGCUUGGCCGCAUUUUGAUAACUUUUACGCCGACCAUCCAGCACUGCAGCAUGGCGACAGUGAUUGGUUUGUGCUUAAGGGAGAAAUUGAAGGAUUUUUUUCCUCCACAUUUUAAGGUAGACAUAAAAGUUGCCCCUGGAUCACAUGCAAAUGAGGAAUCAGUUAAUAAGCAGCUAAAUGAUAAAGAAAGAGUGGCUGCAGCAUUGGAGAAUCCCAACCUACGCCAACUUGUAGACGAAUGCCUUUUCUCUAGCGAGCUUUGA